GAGAGCAUGCCGUCCGCAAUGGCAGACCAACCGCAGUCAAAGAUCAUUGAGGAUAAUCCCAUCGGGAACGGCCUUGAUGCCUUCCGCGCUUCGUUCAAUACGGUCUGCUCAGGCUCGGACAGGACGAUCUUAAGCAUUCCAGACGCGCUUGGCCAACUUGACCAAGAAGAUCUCCGGAAGCUCGUACUUGCGUUUCUAUCCACGGCACAGAAUCUUCCUGCCGCCCGCCUACUACCUGCAAGGGCGGGUCGUGGCACCCUUCGAAGCGAUCUCCUGCGCCUUGAACUCUCGCUCGACUCCGACGACUUCGACCUCGACCGCAUCAAGCCUGUCCUAAACGCAGCACUCGCCGACCAUCUAGACGAUACCCUCAUCUGGGACCGAGUCUACGACGCCGUUACCGAAGCCACUCCGCCUCCCCGACCGAUAGCCUCUUCCCUCCAACAGACCCCAUGGCUGCGCAACACUGGUAGCUUCGCCAAUUCGUCCGAGCACCGUAAAUACGUGGAUAGCGUUCUUAAGGAGGAGCUCGGCCCUAUGUAUGUCGACCUCCGGGACUUCCACAAGACGUAUUUUGGCUCGGUACGAAAUCUGGAGACCGCAUCUAAGACGUUCUUUGAGGACUGUUUGGAAGGUAGCGACCCGCUCUUUGGCAACGGCUGGAGGGGUUGGCCCGAGGAAGCGAAGCAGGAUGAUGUGCUGAGUUGGUUUGCCGAUUUCACCGAGAAGCUGGCGUCAUUUGCAGAGAGCUAUAACUCGGCUCCGGCAUAUAAACGAAGACCGUUAGCGAAGCCUAACGAGCCAAUUGCCGGCUCUGUCGGGAAACGGAAGAUGGAUAUCGGCUUUGUAAACGACCCGACCGCUGGGAAACAUUCGAGGUGUCACUGGAGCCAGAUCCUCGUGCCUGGCGAGCUAAAGAGCAACCCAUCCGCCGAUAUCCCUUCAGACGCGCGGCUCGAUCUCGGCAGGUACGCUAGGGAAGUGCUCGCCGCUCAGGAUACCCGUCGCUUUGUCUUGGGCUUCACCCUCUGCGGAUCUCUCAUGAGAGUAUGGGUGUUUGACCGGCUCGGGGGCAUCGCCUCUGAGCAAUUUGAUAUCAAUAAGGACGGACUGCGGUUCGUGUCUACGAUCCUUGGAUUUCUCUGGAUGAGCGAGGAAGAGCUUGGGUUCGACCCGACGAUCAUAACGGCAAAGGGCCAACGGUUCAUCGAGAUCACGCGGGAGGGUACGACUGAGCGGUUUAUCCUCGAUAGGGUAAUAAGACGUGCACGUUGUAUCGCUGGCCGAGCAACGACCUGCUGGAAAGCAUACCGCUAUGAAGACCCGGAUACCCAGUUUGUUGUCAAAGAUUCAUGGCAGUACCCAGAGCGCGAAGACGAGGGCGGGUUGCUCCGUGAAGCGACUGCCAAAGGUACGGUUUAUGUGGCCCGGUAUUAUUACCACCAAACCGUUCAGGUACGGAAUGCGGAUGACGAUGUCCAAAACAACGUCCGGAAGGGGCUGGAUGUCACCAAGGCGUCGAACUACCAGGAGGAUCGAUCGCAACUUUCACCGAACAUAUACAUAGUAGGUCGAUCACGUACUAGUCGGAGCCGUAGCAUCACUAGCACGAAGCGGUCGUCUGACCAAACUGGUGCUCCCUUGCCGCCUAGCAAGCGACACUGUUCUAUAUCACCGACCAAAGCUGGUAGCGAUGUACUACCAAAUCGAGUGCACCGGCGUCUCAUCCUUUCUGACUGCGGGAUCCCUAUCUACGAAGCGGGCUCUCGACAGGUACUACUCGCUGCGCUAGCCGACUGUAUCGAAGGGCAUAAGUCGCUACGGCAAAACGCCGGCCUCCUUCAUCGGGAUAUCUCUCUCAACAACCUUAUGAUCGAUAAGGACAAUCGCGGAUUUUUGAUUGACUUGGAUCUCGCCAUCAACGAGCGACGUGUUGGUACCUCAGGAGCAAAAGGGAAGACUGGCACAUGGGCUUUUAUGGCCAUUGGGGCACUUCAGGGCGAGCAACACUCAUUCAUGCACGACCUUGAAUCAUUCUUUUGGGUGCUGUUCUGGAUAUGUAUUCACUUCGACGGGCCAAAGAAGGACAGAGUCGUUCGACGGUUCGACAAGUGGAACUACGUCGAUACGGAUGAGCGUGCAGAGGAGCUGGCCGGGAUGAAGCUCAUCGUUGUGUCAAAGGAGGAGACGUUCAUGAACACGACUACUAAAUACUUCACACAGUACUACCAGCCCCUUGCGCCGUUGAUGAACGAGCUACGGAAGGUAGUCUUCCCUGGGGACAAGCCGUGGAAACGUGAAGACGAGAGGCUCUACUCUCGAAUGGGAGAAAUCCUCCGGAAAGAGCCGGAGGACUUGAGGUGA